AUGCUGUCAGUAGUUCAAACUUAUGCAGUUGCUUUAUUGCAGAAGUAUCCUUGGCUAACAGGAUAUAAACCUACCCUCGAACGUCCGUUCUUCAAUAUUUAUUUGUGGGAAAAAUUUGAUUACGCGGCAACUCUUUUGACCAACGGUCACUUUAUUCCAAGCCAGUUCGAGUUCAUUCCCGGAAAAUUACCUUUGAGUAAGUUCCCACAUGUGAUUGCUGCUAUUUCGGCUUACUAUUUGAUCAUCUUCGGUGGAAGAGCGGUGUUGAAGAAUACAGAGCCAUUCAAACUGAACUUUUUGUUUCAAGCACACAAUCUUUUCCUCACAACCGUCUCUUUGAGUCUUUUGCUAUUAAUGGUCGAGCAAUUAGUCCCUAUGAUAACAAAAAAUGGCUUAUACUAUGCUAUUUGUAACAUUGGCGCUUGGACCCAGCCAAUGGUUACACUGUAUUAUAUGAAUUACAUCAUCAAAUACAUCGAGUUUAUCGAUACUGUUUUCCUGGUUCUCAAGCAUAAAAAGCUUACAUUCUUGCAUACUUACCAUCAUGGUGCCACUGCUCUGUUAUGUUACACACAAUUAAUGGGAACCACAGCGAUCUCAUGGGUGGUUAUUUCCUUGAACUUGGGAGUUCACGUUGUAAUGUACUGGUACUAUUUCCUUGCUGCACGUGGUAUUCGUGUUUGGUGGAAAGAAUGGGUUACAAGAUUCCAAAUUAUUCAGUUUGUAUUGGAUAUCGGAUUCAUCUACUUUGCCGUUUGGCAGAAAUUUGCAAGCGACUUUUAUCCAAGCUUGCCACACUGUGGCAAAUGUGUAGGAUCCACUACUGCUACUUUUUCGGGUUGUGCCAUCAUCUCGUCUUACCUGUUCCUAUUUAUUGCAUUCUACAUUGAAGUUUACAGACGCAGAGGGACUAAGAAAUCUAGACUUGUGAAGCGUGUUCGCGGAGGUGUUGCCGCUAAGGUCAACGAAUACGUUAACGUUGACUUGAAGAACACUGUUACUCCUUCUCCUUCUCCUGCACGUGAAAAGGGAAGACGUAGAGAUUGA